AUGAGCUCUAGUGCAACUGAAGAUAAAUCAUUGAUCCAAGCCGUCCCGUCGCUGUCGUCGAGUUCGGUAAGCUCACGUUCAAGCUCUGCCGACUCCGAAGAGCGUCCUCAGGUGUUCACUGAUGACCAUCACGACGCUGGCUUGAGUGCCAUCAGACGCACAGUCACUCGUGAGUCUGCAACCGACCAAGGACGUGAAGAAGUCCUUGCCGAAGUCUAUACCCGCGCAUCAGCAUUUUCCAAUCCUCUGCCUUCGAUGGGCGGCAAGCCAUACCCACCAAUGAUUGAGGACAUAGAUCAGUACAAGGUCGAGUUCGAUGGUCCUGACGAUCCUAUGUGUCCUUUAAACUGGAGUGCUCUUCGCAAAGCCCGAACAGGCGGGUUGCUUGUGCUUCCCACGUUUUCAGCUGUGUGGGGGUCCUCUAUCUACGGAUCUGCUACCGUCGACAUUGAGCACCUUUUCCAUGUUGGUACCCCUGUAGCAGUUCUUGGUGUUUCUCUUUAUGUCCUUGGUUUUGCUACGGGCCCUAUUCUGUGGGGUCCUUUGUCCGAGAUUUAUGGCCGUAAGGUUCCUGUUGUUGUUUCGACAUUCAUCAACGCUGCAUUCACAUUCUGGACAGCAACAGCAGAUCAUUUUUACCAUCUGAUGCUCUACCGUUUCUUCUCUGGCGUGUUUGCUUCGGCUCCCCUGGUCAUUGUGGCUGCCGCAUAUGCCGAUAUGCUUCAAACCAAAACCCGUGGCGGUGCGAUUAGUUUGUUCUCACUGUGUGUCAUGGGUGGCCCUCUACUUGCUCCUGUUGCCGGUGGUUAUAUUGUUAAUUCGUUUCUGGGCUGGAGAUGGGUGUUCUACAUUACUGGUAUUUUGACGAGCUUUGCAACGGUCGUGUUUGCCCUUUUUGGUGAGGAGACUUAUCAUCCCAUUGUUCUAACCGCAAGGGCCCGUGAGCUUCGUGAGCGCACAGGCAACAAGAUGAUUUUUGCUGCUCAGGAGCGUAUUGAAGUUGAUUUGUACGCAAUUGUUCACAGAGUGCUUGCACUUCCUAUCAAAAUGUUGUUCCGAGAGCCCAUUCUUUUGCUCAUGUCGCUGUACCACGGUUUUGUUUAUGGUAUUUUGUACCUUUUGUUGGAGGCCGUCCCUAUUGUUUUCACAAAAUACGGUUUCCACAAAGGUAACUUGUACCUGCCUUACCUCUCGCUUUUCUGUGGUGUGCUGAUUUUCACCGUUAUCGACUUCUGUUAUUUCCAAAAGAAGUUUGCGCGUGAUUUGGCCAAGAGCGGGCGUGCAGUGGUCCCUGAGUUGCGGUUGCCGGGCAUGAUUGCCGGUGGCUUUUUGUUUCCCAUCGGCAUCUUCUGGUUCUGCUGGACCGGUGCAUACCACGAGUACUGCCAUUGGAUUGUACCGACCAUUGGUCUUGCCUUUGUCGGUGCGGGACUUAUCGGUAUUUUCUUGCCGAUUUUCAAUUAUUUGAUCGAUACCUAUCUUAUGUUAGCGGCAUCCGCGUUGGCGGCUAACGCAUUUACUCGAGCGUCAAUGGGUGCGGCCUUUCCUAUUUUUGCCACGGCCAUGUUCCACAAUCUCGGCACCCAAUGGGCCGGAACGUUACUUGGCUGCCUUGCUGCGAUUUUGUCGCCAAUCCCUGUCUGCUUUUACAUGUAUGGGCAUGUUAUUCGCAGAUAUUCCACUUACGCGCCAAAGAUCGAGUAA